AAUUGAGUUUUUCUUUCCCUUUUUCUAUCCAAACAAAACACAGUUUUCUAGCUAGUCCCAACUUAAACACAUUGAAAUUACAAUGACCACACCACAUCCUAGUACUCCUGCAAUCCAAGGAUCUAAUAGCUCUAUCACCAUACAGAAAAUAGACUGUAUAGUACCAAGAAAGCUGAAGCGUGAGAAUUACCUCUUCUGGAAGUUGCAGUUUGAGACGGUCUUUAAGCGCAACAAGGUCACCGGCAUUGUUGAUGGAAGUGAACCUUGUCCCUCACCAUUAUUGGUGGGCGAGAAACGAAAUGAUGGAGUGAAUCCAGCCUUCGACAUUUGGCAUGAGAAGGAUCAGAGCAUCAUAGCCUUGAUGAAAGCAACUAUGUCUGAAGAUGUUCUACCACUGACAGUCGCAUUAACUUCGUCACGUGAUCUUUGGCUGAACCUGGAGAAAAGAUUUGGAGUUCCAGGUGUGUCUUCAGAGUAUCGGCGAAAAUUGGCUGAUGCUAGUUUGGCCACUACUGAUGUUUGUGAUGCAAAUGCUGCUCUUUUGGACAGUGGAGAGUUGCGCCGUUUGCCACCGAUAUUCCAGAAAUAUGGAGAACGUGAAGCGUUCUCAGGCCCCAUUGUGACUGUCAAGACGUUUGAAGACAAUACUCUGAUAGUGGGGCUUCUCGGAACGAAAGGCGAGGGAAGGGUUUUGGUUGUUGAUGGUGAAGGAAGCUUGAGGCGUGCCGUUACCGGAGGAAUGUUGGCUAAGUGUGCUGAAGUUAUGGGAUGGUCUGGGAUUGUGAUAAAUGGGUGCAUUAGAGAUGUUGAUGAGAUAAAUCGAUGUGAGAUUGGGGUGAGAGCUUUAGCAACUUGUCCUGUGAGACCAAUCAAAAGUGGUGGUGGCCAAAAGCAUGUUCCUAUCAACAUUGGAGGAAUCUGGAUUCAGGAUGGACAAUGGUUGUAUGCAGAUGGUGAUGGCAUCCUUGUCUCCACAUCUCAAUUAUCUAUUUGAAUCCCCAUAAAAGUUUGUUUGCUUAAUAAAUAAACAGGGGUGUGCAAAAUUAGAAAAUAUGUGUGCAGAAAGCACUUCCCUGGUAAAUAAAUAGGGUGUGCAAAAUUAAAAAAAAUAA